AUGUGUUGGGAACAUAGCUGGUGUGCUCAACAAACUUUCAUGAAGUUUCUUGAUCUUCAAGUCUACUCGGGCCUCAACUUGGAUCAUCUUAAAGAAUUGGAGAUAACAAGAUGUCGUAUUAGUGCUCUAGAGAUGGAAUUUGUGAAGCUCGUCAUGGCUAAGUCACCUCUGCUGAAGAAAACACGAAUAGAGCUCAAUACAUUUGUUUCUAGCGAGGAAGAAGUUCAAAUGUUUCAAGGUUUGCUACAACUGCCAUUUCCACGUGCAUCACCAACAGCAAAAUUCAUUAUUGAACGCCCUAAAAAUUGA